AUGGAGGCCGCAGCGGAAGGCCUGGACAAGGCCCUGCUCCAGGAGGAGAAGACCAUCUCGCCGGAGCAGCGGGAGCUGGUCCGGCGCUGCUUGAAUGCGAUCGAAGACCGCGCCCAGAAAAUCCAGCAGAAGGGCAUGACGAAGUGCAACUUCGUCUUUGGCGUGUCCAACACGCUAUUUGUGGCUUGGAGCUUUGGGGCGCUCCCGGGCUAUUUUUGGAUUGUCUAUUUGGCGGAAGCUAUUUUGCUGCUUCCCAUCCGCUGGUUCCGCAUGAUCCGUCGAACUCCCAAGGAGCACCUGUAUUGGCUUGAUUUCUGCUGGUGCGCAAACUUUGCUGGCGUGCUGUUCCUCUUGGCGUUGCUGGUGGGGGACCAGCCCCUGCUGCUGCAGAAGUGGAGCUUCUGCGCGGCUUGGGGACUGGGAAAUGGUCCCCUGCUGUGCGCAACAGCCGUCCUGGGCAACAGUCUACUGUUCCACGACUUCGAGAACGCCUCCUCCGUGGUGAUUCACUUGCUCCCAGCUCUGGUCACCUACUCCAUGGGCUGGAAUCGGGAUGCGCUGCUGGAGGCUUUUCCGCAGAUCUUCACGUACCAAAUCUGGGACGAGAUCCGUCCCUGGGAAGACAUCUUCGCGAAUGCUGCGGAGGCCUACCUCUUCUGGUGGUUUCUCUAUGCUGCCUGGCUCCUGAGCAUCGGAGUGAACUCGCCGAGGUGCGGAUACGACACCAUUUUCCACCACACCAUGACUGGAGCUGGUGGGAUUGUCACCCGCAAAAUCCUCCGAGUCACCUCCGAGGAGCACAAGCGGCUGGUGAAAGAUCGCUCCUUUCCCCGCUCAUAUGCAGUCGUGUACCUCGUGAUUCAUGCAACUCUCGUCCUGGGCUCCAUCCCGGUGUCCUUGCUGUGUUUCCUGGACCGACGGAUGCAUGUUUGCCUCUGCGCCGCCAUGCUGCUGGUGACCAUCUACAAUGCCUCCUCACGGUACACGUACUACAUGGUCACCAGCUACGGGGAGGCGCUUCGCCGUGAGCUGCAGAUCCCGGCGAAGCGGGGGGCCUCCGCCAUCGGCUUUGAAUGA